AUGUACUAUACCCGAGGGCCCAAGGAAAAGCAACUCCUGGUCAACUUGGCAAGCACGACGGAUAAGAAGGUCCAUGCGCGUAAGAGACGAAUCAUCUCCCACGCCAUGAGCGAGGCAGCCUUGCGCUCCUACGAACCAGUCAUCAUCAAAAAAAUCGAGUUGUUCUGCCGCGGCAUUGCAGACUUUGAAACAUUUGGCGGCGAGUAUAAGAACAUGUCCAGGUGGUUUUCCUACUUGACAUACGAUAUCAUGGGAACACUCACUUUCAACCAGAGUUAUGACAUGUUGACAAAGAAUGAUCAUCAUUUUAUCCAGCCGUUGAUCGAUUCUUACCAGCAUUGCCAAGUGAUCCUUGGUACGGAGCCGAAGAUUGAACAGUAUGGCCUUGCUCCAUUACUAUUUUUGAAUAUCAUGUCCGACAAUAAGCGGUUUCGCAAAUAUGUCGACGACCAGGUUACUACUCGCAUCAACCUCGAGAAAGCUGGCAAGGGUUCCAAUGAUAUUUUCAAGUUGCUCCUCGAUUACAAAGACAAAGAAACAGGAGACAGUAUGGGUUUCAAAGAGCUCUCUGAUGAAGCUGUUGUCCUGAUUAUUGCUGGUAAGCUCUCGGCUUGUGGCGUCGUAUAA